AUGACAGGCGCUAUACCAAGAGAACUCGGCCAACGUCUUCACAGGCUGGAAGAACUGGACCUAGACAUGAACAUGUUGAGUGGUUCAGUUCCACCUGAGAUUUUUAACAUCUCAACACUUGGAGUUCUUUCACUUACAUCAACUGGUCUGAGAGGUGCUCUUCCAGCUGACAUCUGCAGCGGCUCUCCUUUCGUUCGAUAUAUCUACCUUAGUGGUAAUGACAUCAGCGGACGAAUACUGGACUCCAUUUCCAACUGUUCCCAGCUCAUACAUCUGGAUCUCAGUGUUAACAGAUUCACAGGCAUAUUGCCUCACUCUCUCGGAAGCCUAAGAUAUCUGGAAUUAUUGAACGUGGCAGGCAACAAUUUGACGACCGGAUCAUCAUCUUCAGAAGUGAGCUUCAUUACUUCAUUGACAAACUGCAGAUUGUUGAAUAAUUUGGACAUUAGUGAAAAUCCACUUGAUGGCACACUUCCAUCUUCCAUUGGGAACUUGUCCUCCCACCUACAAAUAUUCGGUGCGUUUGGCUGCAGAUUAAAGGGAACGAUUCCUGCCGAAAUCGGGAACAUGACCAGCUUGGUUAAACUCUCUUUAAGCAACAAUCACUUGUCUGGUAAUAUUCCGACUACACUAAAGCAUUUGUCGUACCUCCAGGGCUUACUGUUAGAUGACAACAACAUGAGAGGCUACAUUCCAUAUGGUCUGUGUGAUUUACACAGCUUCUUCGAAUUGAGUUUGAGUGUAAAUCAAUUGUCAGGUGGAAUUCCAAAAUGUUUAGGAAAUGUCUCAUCCUUACGCAGACUUUUCCUAGACUCUAACAUGCUGACUUCAACCAUACCGUCAAGCUUGUGGCGGCUGAAGGAUCUGCUGAUGCUAGACUUAUCCGGUAAUUCAUUGACCGGAUUCCUACCUCCAGAGGUAGGUAAUUUAGCUGCAGCCAUUUCUAUAAAUAUAUCGAUGAAUCAAUUGUCAAAGUCUAUCCCAAGCACAUUUGGUAGUUUGCAAAAUUUGGUUGAACUUUGUUUAGCACAUAACAGACUUGAAGGUUCAAUUCCAGACUCCAUCGGGGGGAUGACAAGUUUGGAAACUCUGGACUUCUCCUUUAACAACCUCUCUGGUUCGGUGCCAAAAUCUUUGCAGAAACUUCAACACCUCGACGAUCUCAACGUCUCUUUCAAUGCCCUGAGUGGAGAAAUUCCCAGUGGUGGUUGUUUUGUGAACUUCACAAUGGAAUCCUUCAAGGGUAAUAAAGCACUAUGUGGAGUUUCAAGAUUCGGCGUCGCACCUUGUCCUGUUGUCCAAAAACACAGAUCAAAGAGGAAGAAGGUAGAAUUUGCUUUGUUCAUUCUAGUAGGGGUUGUGGUUUUUACCACAAUUCUGUGUUUGGGAUUUGUUUUCCUCAGAAACAGAAGGAAUGCUAAAGCAACUGAUGCAACUUUGUCGGUUGUACCGGAAAGAAUUUCGUAUUAUGAACUCUUACGAGCUACUCAACAAUUCAACGAAAGCAAUUUACUAGGCGUGGGAAGCUCUGGUUCUGUUUAUAGAGGGAUUCUCGAAGAUGGGAGUGCCAUUGCUGUAAAGGUGUUUAAACAGCAAUCGGAAGGUGGUUUCAGGAGCAGAUUCGACGUUGAGUGUGAAGUUCUACGCAGCAUUCGUCAUAGGAAUUUGGUCAGAGUCAUAAGCAGCUGCUCCAAUGAAGAAUUCAAGGCUUUGGUACUUGAAUACAUGCCAAAGGGAAACCUUGACAAAUGGUUGUAUUCGCACAACUAUUUCUUGGAUUUCGUACAGAGGUUGAACAUAGCGAUUGAUGUGGCGUCUGCGUUGGAAUAUCUUCACCAUGACUACUCCACUGCAAUCGUUCAUUGCGACUUGAAGCCUAGUAAUGUCUUGUUAGAUGACGACAUGGUUGCUCGCGUGAGCGAUUUUGGUGUAUCAAAACUGUUGGGCGAGGGAGAGAGCGUCUUGAUAACAAACACCCUGGCGACAUUGGGCUACAUUGCUCCAGAGUACGGUUUACAAGGGCUAGUCUCCACAAGAUGCGAUGUCUACAGCUAUGGGGUGCUAUUGAUGGAAACCUUUACGAGAAAAAGACCAAGCGACGAUAUGUUUGCUGGUGAUCUAAGCUUAAAGAGUUGGAUUCAAAGCUCAGUUCCACAAUCAACAUAUCAAGUUAUAGAUGUCAAUUUACUCACAAAUGUUGAGGAAGAACAUGGCGACAGAAUUGUGGAAUGCACAUCAUCCAUAUUGGAGUUGGCUUUCAUGUGCUCAGCAGACUCUCCUAGUGACAGGAUUAACAUGAAAGAAGCUCUAGCAGAGCUGCAGAAAAUCAAGCACCGAUUUUCGGAAUGAAGACUAUAUCACAUUUGUUAGGUUAGUUUGCUUCUAUCUAUAGGCUGUCGUUUAUCUAUCACGAUAGAUACGAUAAUAUAGUACUUCCUCUGUCCCAUUAGAAAUGAAACGUUUUCCUUUUUGG